AUUUGUAAGGAUGAUACUGUUAUAGUAAAAUUUGUGGACUGCGAAUGGCCCAUGUAUGCUUUUCCAUUAAUAUUGGUUAUUACACAUUAUCUCUUAUGGUUUGAAUCACUCCUAAUACUAAACAACCCAUUACAGUUCAUGAUCUAACAUCUUUAAUGCAUUUUGAUGUGAACGAUUGUGUUCACAAUGGAAAAUGCUUAAAAGAUGCACGCUUCUACAGAACAUUCCGUGGCCCAUGUUCAUCCAACGGAAAAUACGCCUUUAAUUCGUGGCCAAAACCUAUGUAUACUACUAGUCCGUCUACAACUGAUAGUCCAUCAUGUAGUAUGGUGGAAAGUGAGGUCCAAAAACCUCAUACUCAACAAGAUGGGUAUCCUGAUGAUAAGGAAUAUAAAUCAAAUAUUUUUUAUUAUUUGAUGGAUGUUCUAAGUACUGUGUCACAGUUUAUCACCCGCACCUCAUAUAUUGGCACCAAUAUUGUAAUGAUGGCUUGGAGUAUUACAUAUCACAGUUGGUUAACUUUUGUAUUGCUGUUAUGGGCUAGUAUUUCUUGGAUGGUUCCUCAACAAAGAAAAACAAUGUUAAGAUCAUCGCCAUUUUUAGUAUUCUAUGCAGAGUUUUUACUGUUAUCACAAUUUUUAUACGGUAUGAAUUUAAAUGACUCUGAAUUACCUCAAACCAUUCAAGAUUGGAAUUUAGAACAAAUAGGCUUCACCAAAGUUCUUCAUUUCCCUUGCAAACCUUUAAUCAUAAAGACAUUAUUUACAACAAUGUUUUGGAUAACAAUGAGACAAUAUAUGCAAGAAAGGAGAGAAGCUAGAAGUCAUUCAGCUGUAGCUAAUAUGAUCGCUCCUCUUCAAGUUACAGUAGGAACAGCAACAGCUAUGGGAGGUGAUUCAGGCACAAAAGGUAGUCAAUUAAUGCAGAGACUUGGUGAAGAAGCUAAAAUAAUUCUAACUAAAUUUUGGAUAUGGGUUGUGGCAUUUGUGUUGUUUGGAAUUGGCAUAACUGGUGAACGGAUGACAAUAUUCCGAAUAAUUUACAUGGCACUGGCGCUUAUAUUUUUAUUAACAUUUCAAUUGUCUUGGGUUUUGUGGAGAAAAAUUAUGUAUGGUUUUUGGCUUACAGUCAUAAUUUAUUCAAUGCUGAUAUUAGUUAUGACUUACACAUAUCAGUUUGAUAAUUUUCCUUAUUACUGGGAAAAAUAUUUAAAAAUUCCACCCACAUUACAAUUAGACAUAGGUUUGGAAAAAUUUGAAACUGGAGAGCUAUUUGUAAGACUUUUGACUCCAACAUUUUUUGUUAUCAUAACUGUUGUUCAACUCUACUAUUUUCAUAAAGAUUUUUUGGCUAUUUCUGAUAUAAAAAGCCGAGGUACUAGUAUUGUUAAACCAUCCAAACCAGGUAAUUCUUCUGGUUCAGAUAGUGACAAAGAAUCAACAAAUUCAAGCAUUUCACUCACAGACAAUAAAUACAAAAAACAUCCGCCACGUCCAAGCUUUAUAUCUGAAAGAAAAUCUUUUAAAGUCUUCAAAAAUUUACCAAAGGUCAAAUUACGCUCAUUUUUUAAGAUGCUUAAAACAAUUUUGUCAUACAUAAUUGAGCUAGCAUGGCUAUAUGCCGAAUUACACAUGAUAAAAAUUAUAUUGUUAUGUGUCAUGUUUUUGGCUGUGUAUGAGGUGUGUUUGGUUCAUUUUGUGUUGGUUGUAUUGGUGACUAUUUCAUUAGUAUUUAAUAGCCGAAUACAAUCAAUUAUUGUUUAUAUUAUAUCUGUGUAUGUAUCUAUAUUGUUACUUACCAAGAUGAUUUACCAAAUUGAAUAUAUACGAGAGGGUACAUGGAAUGUCACUUGUCCAGACCCUCAUGAUCCAGAUAAAAUAAAAGAUUAUAAUACAGCAAAUUGGGUUGGAUUCAAAAAGUCUACGGCUUAUGUCUCAUUACUCAAUUUACUUAAAGGAUAUAUUUCUAUAGUUUUUGUCAUCACAUUGCAUAGGGUUGUAAUUACUCGGCAAAAAUAUAAGAGACAUUUAAAAGGUAGACCAUUGGCAAAACCUUUAAGGAUGUUCUCAGGUAUUACAUUUAAAGAUGUUGACCAUGAUAUACCUCACUGUCUGAAGUAUUUAUUGAACUUUGGAUUUUAUCGAUUUGGUGUGGAGAUAACUCUUAUUGCUGUAGCAGUACUAGUAGGAACAAGAAUGGACUUUUACGCAGUACUUUAUGCAUUAUGGUUGAUGACUUUUGUAAUGUUAUCGAGGGGAACCUUAGCAAAAGUGUGGAUCAUUUUUAUGUUUUUUGUUGUUAUCACUAUACCAUUACAAUAUGCUAUUGUAAUUGGACUACCUCCAGAUCUUUGUUUACAAUGGCCAUGGGAUGAAAAUGAAAUUAUGAAGAAUUUCCGUGACUGGAUGUUCUUACCAGAUCCUGAUUCCCCUCCGGAUGCAUAUAAAUUAUUAUGUGAUUUUAUCGUAUUAUUAUUUGUGUCUCGCCAAUCUAUUGUCUUCAAAAUAGAAAGAAGGCAUAUUGAUGUGGAAUAUCCAGGAGGAACAAAUCGUUCAAUUAUUGAGGAAGCUGAAAAACCCAGUUUUAUAAAUCCAGUACCCGAUUUCGUAUCUCAUAUAAGAUCAUGGCUUGAUAUUUUAAAACGUAUUGUUCUCAUUGGAUUUAUUUGGUUCACAUUAGCCAUUGUAUUUUUAGCUGGUACCAAUAGAGUUAAUCUAUUUUCUCUUGGAUAUCUAAUAGGUUCUUUCAUAUUUUUAUGGCAAGGGAACGAUUAUUAUCUUCGACCUGUAAACGUUAUUCUUAAAUGGUGGAAUAAGUUAAUACUUUAUAAUAUUACUGUUAUUACUUUGAAAGCUAUACUCCAAAUACCUGGUUGUAUUUUUAUGAAUUACAUGAAAAUGAAAGCUUGUUGGAUGAUACAACUGUUUGGUAUUUCUUGCAUACAAAAGUUUUCUACUAACCAUCCGGUUACAACGUCAUCAGACAGUGAUGAUUGUGAGAUACCAGUUGAGCAUGUUGGUUUGGCAUGGGAUAUUUUAUGUUUUGGGUUUUUAAUUUUUCAAAGACGUCUUUUUAACAGCCAUUACUUCUUUAGAAUUGUAGAUGAAACAAAAGCAAUGGCUAUAUUAGCCUCUAGAGGAGCUGAAUUAAUUCAAGAGCUGUCACAAAAACGAAUCCAAGAACAGCAUGAAUCAGAAAGAAAGGUCCUAGAAAAAAUCAAAUCAAAAAUGGAUCGAAUCAAAGCUACUCAAAAGAAAAUUCAAGGUUUUGGAAUCAAGGAUCCGGAGUCUCAUGAAAAAGCCGAAGAAAUCGUGUUUGCCCCCCUAGCCCGCGAUCUGUCAGGGAGUUCGAUCCUUCAAAGUUUUCACACGCCACUCGAAGACGAACCGCCCACGUUGUCUUAUCUGCAACCGCCAACGCCAACGUCCACUGUCCUGACUGUAUCACUGGACGGUUACCUGGACCCGCAGCGAAUGUCAUUCAGCAGCACUGCGCACCGACGGCCUCUGUCAUUUGACGAAAGCGCUAUUUAUUCCGGUGUUUUUUCACCGCCGCCAACAAUCACGCAACACCGACGACAGUCCUCGUUGGGUGUGCCGUCUACCUGGUAUCCGCGCAAACGGUCGGCUUCGGCCACAUCUCAUCAUACUUCUAUUCGUUCUGGUGAUUAUUACAUGUUUGAUGAGUUUGAUGACGAAUUAGAUUCAAUUGUGGAAAAAGAUAAUGAAUUAAGUGACGACUCACUUGAAGACUCAGACAAAACUGACACAGACCAUUUUGUGUACAAAAAAAAGAAAGAAAUGGAUAAGUCAGUUGUUGGUGAAACGAGUAAACUAGCCAUGGGUGAUGGCGAGGAUUUAGGAGAAGAUACUCAAGAUGGAGAUAAAUUAAAAUCAUUCAGUAAGAAAAUUAAAGAGAAUAUUUAUUUGUUCAUGGCUUUUGUCAAUAGUUCAACAAAAACAUUGACUAGGAAAUUAAAUAAAAUUUCUCGAGACUAUAGAUAUGUUAUCCGGACACUAGCAGUUGAAAAAAAAACAUUAAAACAAAAUCGAGGUUUUGGAAUUGGUCUAAGAACAGGCUCAUCAAUGAUUUGGCAGCCUAUGCCAUUUGUUGGUAAAAGCGUUACGUUAAGUGCUGAAAAGUUAGAAGAAUUAGAAGAACAGCAAGAAUUAAAUGCUUCCAAUCAGCCCCAGCUUAUGCGCCUCAUCUUGGCUCUUUGGUUUGCAAUCAUAUCCCACUCUGAUUUGGUGUGUUAUUUUAUGAUAUUCCUGCAUCAGAUUAAAUCUGCCACUAUUUUAAGUUUGCCACUGCCAUUAAUGGUUUUUUUGUGGGGUACGCUCACUGUUCCUAGACCGACAAAGAAUUUCUGGGUCACUCUUAUUGCGUACACUGAAGUAAUUGUUGUCAUUAAAUGUAUGUUCCAAUUCGAUAUGAUCCCAUGGAAUCAACAAGUUGUUACUGACAACAUGCCAUUUUUCCUGCCAAGAAUUAUUGGCAUUGAGAGGAAACAAAAUUAUGCAACAUAUGAUUUAUUUUUACUUCUUGUUUUGUUCUUCCACCGAACUAUGUUAAAAUCAUUGGGUCUUUGGAAAAGUUCAUUGUCAUUUAAAGGAACACCCAUUAACCAAAUAUCUUUAUUUGACACAAUUGAUACUCGAUGUUCAAUGGGUUCUGAGGGUUACCAAGGAUCUGUAGACAAUGAUCCAAGUACUGAACAAACAACAGUUGUGUUGGCUCCAGAAUUUUUGCAAUCCAGUAACAGAGAUGAACAAUUUAUUCAAAAGUCUUACGAACAGUCAUUCGAUAAAUCCAACUCGGCGGAGACUGAUAAUCUCUUAGAAAUAAUGCCGUUAUCUCUCAAAAAGCAUUGCAGUCCUCUAGUGUCUUUCUUCGAACAGUUAAUAGAUUCAAGCUCUAGAGUCAACGCUGACGUUUACACUUAUAUGUUUUUGUGUGAUUUCUUCAAUAUAUUUGUUGUUGUUUUUGGAUUCUCAGCUUUUGGUUCUCAAAGUGAUGGUGGCGUGUCUCAAUACUUUGAAGAAAAUAAAGUACCUGUUCCGUUUUUAAUCAUGUUGACCCUUCAAUUCGCAUUAAUUACUGUUGAUCGGUUGCUUUAUUUAAGAAAGUAUAUCCUUGGAAAAAUACUAUUCCAGUUUGUGUUGAUAAUUGGUUCUCAUAUAUGGAUGUUUUUCAUAUUACCUGGGGUUACAGAAAGACAAUUUAAUGCUGUGAUUCCACCUCAACUAUGGUAUAUGGUAAAAUGUUUUUACCUAUUAUUGUCUGCAUAUCAAAUUAGAAGUGGAUAUCCAACCAGAAUUCUCGGAAAUGUUCUAUGUAAAAAUUACAAUUAUAUUAACAUGAUUCUAUUCAAACUUUUCAUGUUAUGCCCAUUUGUAUUUGAACUGCGGACAAUAAUGGAUUGGGUAUGGACCGAAACAUCAAUGACAUUACCAGAUUGGCUUAAAAUGGAGGACAUCUUUGCACAUAUUUUCCAACUAAAAUGUUCAAGGCGUGUAGAAAAUGAAUACCCAAAUCCUAGGGGUAUAAAAGUUAAACCAGCAAAAAAAUACUUGAUAGGAGGUGGAUGCUUGAUCUGUUUAGUAACUGCUAUCUCGUUUCCACUCGUGUUAUUUGCUCUUGGAAAUACAGUGGGAGAGCCUAAUUUACCCGAAAGUAUCAAUCUAAAUGUUAAACUUGGAUCUAACCAACCAAUAUACACCAUGACUAUUGAAGGUACAAUUGAAAAGUUUGAUGAAUCUGACUGGUAUUCUAUGAUAAAUGUUUACAAAAAGUCUAGAUCGGCCCAAACAUUCUUAUCCAACUAUGAUUAUGAAGAUGUUGGUGUUUUCACCAUAACAACCCAUUCAGCAAAUACAUGGUCAAUCAGUCCACCUGAAUUGGACAGCAUGAUAAAACAACUUAGUGCACCUAAUGCCUCUUACACUGUUAAAACUGAUUGGGCUAUUAACCGUAAAAAUGCCUAUGGAGAGCAACCAAAAGACGUUAAAGAUAGCCAUGCAAUUACUAUUAACCAAACAAUUUGUGCAGAACUGGCUAAUCUCAUUACUUAUAAAAAACACAGUGUCAUGUUGUAUGGUUUAAUACCAAAGUUUAUUAAAGUCACUGGAUUUGGAGGAGCAAGUGCUGUAUCACAGCUCAUGAUCAGUAAUGAAACUGUGCCAUACAUGAAUGCUAGUGUGUUUUUAAACGAUAACAUUCGAAACAAUGAUAGUGAAAAAUGGUGGGACUUGUAUGAAGAAUGUCCUAAUGAAACUUCUGCUCGAUAUUUAUACGAUUUGCCCAAAAGUUCAUGUAUGCCUGGUGGUAAUAAACGUACAUUCACAAUAUACACAUUUAAUGACAAAGCAUUUCCAGAAACAUUGAACCUCAUCAGUGGAAAAGG